CUCAAAUUAGAAAUUGGUGCAAAUUGUAAGUUUAUUUUAACGAUAAUUGUAAUACUAUGGGCGAUCGUUAUAAUAUUCACAGUCAAUUAGAACAUCUUCAAUCAAAAUAUAUUGGAACAGGUCAUGCAGACACUACAAAAUAUGAAUGGUUGGUAAAUCAGCACAGAGACAGUUUCUCUAGUUAUUUGGGCCAUCCCGAUUUGAUAAACUAUAUUGGAAUAUGCGAAAACGAAGCCAAAGCUAGAGUUAAGUUUAACUUGAUGGAAAAAAUGCUACAGCCAUGCGGACCACCACCUGAUAAACCAGAAGAUUAAAAUGUUGAAAAGCAUUGUAAUAUUAAGAAUUUAUAAUAAUAAAUCUUUUUCCACAUCU